UAUUUCUCCUUAAGCAUUGUAGGAGUAACUUCUAAUAAUAUCCCUCCAGCUUUAUGGAAAUGAAUAAAUUAAUCAACUCAUCAAGGCACAGUUUUUCUUCUUUAAUUAACUUAAUUUUGGGAUUUUUCGUGAUUUUUUUAACACAGUUUUUCCAUGCAUGUACAAAGUGCAGUUUACAUUUUUUUAAAGCUGAGAAAACAUAAUCAAAAUGUAACCAAUUUCACACACAGACACAAACACACAUGUGCAGGUAUGCGUGAAAUAAUCUUGCAUGUACUGUAUGUAUAACUUGUAUAAAGAUUAGAAGAAUGUGCAUUUCCUGGUAAGCAGCUGUUUGAUCUACAGGUAUUUAAUUAAAUAAAUAAAAACAACAAGUGCAAUAUCUCUAUAUCUGCCAUAAUUUUUAUACGCUGGAAUCUAGUUAAAAUAAUCAAAAAUAUAUGCAAAAAAUAUGAUGAUGUCUAUGAUCUAUAUAAAAUCUUAUUCAGCAAACAAUGAUUUAUUUCUGAAAGUAUCUUGUCAGGCAUGUUUAAAACAAGAACCAUUUUAUGAAAUGUUUAAAAACUAUUUAAGGUUUACGGUCAGGUAAAGGCUGUUCUGAACUGGUUUUGUCCUGCCUUCAACUUCUGUGUAAAUACAGGAUACUUAAAAAAAGGCCAAGAAAUAAAAUGCACCUGCCCUGCUCCAGCUCAGCCCAAGUGAAUCAAGACAACGCCCCACAUUCAUUUGAUGUAUAUUUUCAUUUAAGAAUAAUAUAAAAUAUUUUAUCAAAUAUAAUUGAUAUAAAGUGAAUUCGGCUUUGUGUACUUUGUAUGACAUACAAGGAAAUACUAUAUAAAUAAAUAACACAACGCAGUUACCUCCUGCCCAAAAUUGGUUUCUAUGUACUCGCGCUUUGUGUUGUUUUGGGCAUAUGGGUGCGUGCACUUCCUGGAUCUGGACUGUCCCACCGCGAAUGUGGGACAUCGCUGUUAACGCAUCCGUCCAACCGCCUCGUGGAUCAGCUCAGCGCUGCGCCUCAUCUCUCCCAUUACCGCAGACUCCGGUGCUCCUCGUGGACGGGCGCGCGAAUCUGCGAGCUCAUUCAAACAGGUGGUGAGCGGUUUCAGGUGGAGCAGCAGCUCAUUCACUGAGCGACCGGCGCAAGAGCUUCAACACGCCGAUAGGACCACUUGCUUUCCGUUACAAGGACUCAAUUGUGGCUGCUGCGCGUAUUAACGCAAUCUAACCGCCGUGCUUAGGUUAUUUAGUCGAAGGACAGUUUGCUUUAAUUAGCCCUCAGCUUACAGGUGGGCGAAAGCCGUACGUAGGACGGCCCCUCUUUCAGUUCCUCAACAGGAGACGCGGGACUGUCAUUUGUUUGUCAUCCUGUGGGACAGAAGAAACGGCUCCGUUAACAGCCUCUUUCGUUCCGGAGGAGGACCGACAAAGCCAUGUCAACCAAAAAACGGGUGGAUUUAACGAGAAGGAGCCGAAGCCCCGCGGUGUCCGAGGCGGAGAUGUUUGGUGAUUUUCAGGAGUGGUGCCUUCGCACUUACGGGGACUCCGGGAAAACAAAGACCGUCACCCGGCGAAAAUACAACAAAAUUCUGCAGACCCUCUUACAGAGCGACGACUCGGAGGGCGUCAUUAUCGAGAGCAACCACAUCAACGCCAAAUUUAAGUUCUGGGUGAAAUCUAAAGGUUUCCAGGUGGGCAGGAGCGAGAGCGAGAACGAGAACGGGGCAGCGGACAGACCGGUCCUGUACGUCCCCAUCAAGGCAACGUGUGUGGAUGGGGUCCUGGGACCGGACGGCUCCUCUCUGAAAAGGGUGGCAGUGGUGGAGGACUUCUAUGACAUCAUCUAUGCCAUGCAUGUGGAGAUCAGCAGUGACCCGGCCAAAGCCCCCAAACACGCCGGACAGAAGAAAACCUACAAAGCGAUAGCGGAGACAUAUGCGUUUCUGCCCAGAGAAGCGGUGACCCGUUUCCUGAUGAGCUGUGGUGAAUGUCAGAAGAGGAUGCACAUCAGCCCCAGCGGAGCAGAGUUCAAAGAGAAUAACCAGCCGAGUUCUUUGGCAGCUGAUCUUAUAGACUACAACAUGCCUCUUACCACAACAUACCUGAAGCAGAAGAAACUGCAGUGCAUGAACAACAACGAGCAG